GGCGUAUGCUGUUUGUCAUAAUUGUUAUGUAUGUCUGUCCCAAAUGUAUAGUAAUCUGGCGGCGACUGCACUCAUGAUACCCAUUAUAAACGCAGCGAUGGAUCAAAUAAAACAACGGAAAUCCAAAUCAUACGGAACUCUAACGCAAAGCAACGGGAAGGGCAGUACAAAUCACAAGUGCGGAAAACUAGUGCCACUCAGUAGGUGUAGUAUCCGAAUAGAAGAUGAAUCCCAGGAAUCCAUCCGAAAGUCUGUAUUUCUAGGCGUUUGUUACGCGGCCAACAUUGGAGGGACGGGUACUCUGACGGGUACGUCCACUAACCUCAUACUUAAUGGAAUACUCAAAGAAAAUCCGAUAUCAUUCUCUGAUUGGAUGAUAUUCAAUGUACCAGGCAUGUUUUUACUUGUGUUCAUUACAUGGGGACUAAUGGUCUCAUUCUUCAUGAAAACCCCCGAAGACUCUUUGACUGAAGAGAAAGACAACGAAGCCGUAUAUAAAGCCAUUAAAUAUAAAUACGACGAAUUGGGGUCUAUUUCUUUCUACGAGUUCUCAGUUCUCGUACUUUUCGUCUUAUUACUGCUCCUUUGGUUCUUCAGAGACCCAGACUUUCUCAAGGGUUGGGCUCUUUAUAUGAAUGAUCAGCACAAUUUCAUAAAGGACUCGUGUCCGGCCAUAUUCAUAGUCAUGUUCUUCUUCAUAAUUCCCGCAAAUCCAACAAAUCUAAGACAAUCGGCACCACUACUGGACUGGAAGACCACUCAGGACUCGGUGGCCUGGGGUAUCAUUUUGCUCAUUGGCGGUGGCUUUGCGAUGGCUGAAGGGGCUGAGGUGUCGGGUCUGUCGUAUUGGAUGGGAACACAAUUAACAGUAUUGGAGCACCUGUCUCCUUUUGCCAUCACAUUGAUUGUAAGCAUAAUAGCGCUGAUACUGACAGAAAUAGCGAGCAAUACGGCCACCUGUACUAUAAUGUUGCCGGUCAUCAAACGUAUGGCAAUUGAACUGAAAAUAAGUCCAUUAUCAGUGAUGUUACCAGUGACACUUGUCUGUUCCUAUGCAUUCAUGCUUCCGGUGGCCUCAGGAACUAAUGCUAUUAUCUUUGAAACGGCAAAGAUGAGGAAUAAAGACAUGAUUGUUCCUGGAUUUUUCUUGAAGAUUAUAUGUCUUUCAAUAACUCUAUUCAUGAUUAACACGUGG